GCUGACGCAACGAAAAGUCAAAUAGUCGCGCACGUACCAUCCAUAACUUCGGAUGUUAUAUCUUUCCGAGAAACUUGGAUCCAGUGAAAGCAAAGCAAAAUUAAGUGCAGUGGAGUGAAACAUAGAUAAAAUAUUUGGAAAUAAAUAAAUCCUUAAAUAUACAAUCCGAUAUAAAAUACAAAGGAAUACUAUACCAAAAUGUUACCAUCUUGCUAUGCCAAUGGAUCGGGACUGCCGGAUAAUGAGGAGCUUGUUAAUUCCCUGCUCUCAAAUCCCGAAUACCUGAGAGCCCAAGUAUCCCCCAAUCCAUUGGGUCCAAAUGCCGUCGGAAUGGAGAGUCUGAUGUGCGGAUCAUUUUCUCCAGCAUUUUAUUACCAGGGAAUUGAUAACUUCCUGGCCCUGCACAACAAUAUCUGGGGUUUGCCCAUAUCCUUUCUGCAUAACUCCCAUAGACCGGAAAAGCCUCCGUUUUCCUACAUUGCUCUUAUCGCUAUGGCAAUAAGUAGUGCUCCCAGCCAGCGAUUGACUCUAAGUGGAAUCUACAAGUUUAUAAUGGACAAAUUCCCAUAUUAUAGGGAGAACAAACAAGGCUGGCAGAACUCAAUUCGGCACAAUUUGUCCCUGAAUGAUUGCUUCGUGAAGGUCCCCCGGGAUAAGAACACGAUCGAGGAUAACGAUAGUGCUGGCAAGGGAAGCUACUGGAUGCUGGACUCCUCGGCAUCGGAUAUGUUCGAGCAGGGAAACUACCGACGGCGAAGGACCCGCCGACAACGACACUGCGCCAACUCAAGUCGCUACGAAAGGGAUUCCGGAAAGGAUUCCAAUGAUUGCGGCAAUACUACCGCUGAGAUGCGUUUACCCAGCGAACCGACCAAUGAUUUCGACAUCUUCUGCAACGAGAGACCCAAUUACUCGGAUAGGAUUACCGAUCUGCACAGGCAGUAUUUGUCCGUAUCUCUAGGAUUUAAUGGUCUGUUUAACAAUGAAGCCAGAGGGAUUCGAGCCUUACCAAGUCCAUCGCUCUCCGAGAUCAGAGAGUCCCCAGAUGAUGUGGAUGCCUCCUCCAGUUCCAGUAGAACAGCCCAGAAUCCCAUGGAUAGUAGUUCCCUGCACGAGGAUCUACAUUCACCGAGUGCCUUUACUCCGCCACUUAGUCGUCGGGAAACCAAUUCCUCGGGUGCGCCAAUCAUCAAGGAUUCUUUUCGAGGCAUCCAGGAUCUGGUGGCUACUUCUUCAACCAACUCAUCCACAGUGGCAAACAACCGAUCAAAGACUACACUAUUCACCAUCGACAAUAUAAUUGGCAAGCCAUGA